UGCAGACGAUGUGUUUAUCCAGUCUGGCCGAGGUAGAGAUACCGGUUGGUCGUGUGGGACGUGUGACUGUUAGUGAAUUUAAUUUUAUUAUUAAUAAACCAUGGAGACCAAUGGUAAUGGUCAUAAUCAAGAGGGCAGCAUCAUGAGAAUUGGAUCUAGAGAUAGUGAGCUGGCCCUCAAACAGACAUAUAUGGUGAGAGAUUCCCUGCAGAAGAUACACCCAGACAUGAAAUUUGAGAUUGUGACUAUGAAAACCAAAGGUGACAAGAUCCUGAAUGUUGCUUUAUCCAAGAUUGGCAGCAAAAGCCUCUUCACUAAAGAGCUGGAAAUUGCCCUAGAAGAGGGGACAGUAGAUAUUGUUGUUCACUCUCUUAAGGACCUCCCAACCACACUCCCUGAUGGUAUGGUCAUCGGUGCAAUCUGUGAACGUGAAGAUCCUCGUGAUGCAGUUAUCAUGCACCCAAAGUACUCGGGUUGCAAAUUAGACUCACUUCCUAAAGACUCUGUCAUUGGAACCAGCUCUCUACGGCGUGGUGCUCAGCUCAAGAGACGAUUUCCUGAUCUCAAAUUUGAGAGUGUAAGAGGGAACCUGAACACACGCUUACGGAAACUUGAUGAAGCAGAUGACUAUGCAGCUUUGAUUCUGGCUGUUGCAGGGGUGGUUAGGAUGGGAUGGAAGAACAGAAUUUCUCAGUAUCUGGAUGAUGACCUCUGCAUGUAUGCUGUGGGACAGGGAGCGCUUGCUGUGGAGUGUCGAGAAGGAGACACCAACACCAUAGAACUACUAGGCCAACUUUGUCACACCCAGACAAUGAUUGCUACCACAGCUGAGAGGGCCUUCAUGCGGACUUUGGAGGGUGGUUGCUCUGCGCCUGUGGCAGCUCAUACAAAGAUAACGGAUGACAGUAUUGAGCUGAAAGGUGGAGUCUGGAGUCUGGAUGGAUCAGAGGAACUUCUCAAAACCCAGUCUGUGUCACUUCAGGCAGCUGAUUCCACUGAUGGCAUGCAACCUCCUGCAAAAAUGGCAAAGACCUCCAUUACUCUGUGUGGCAUUGUGCCCCAUCCAAAGUAUGCUGAAAACAUGACAAAAGCACAUGAACUUGGAGUUGAUCUGGCCACUGCAUUGUUGGAGCAAGGUGCUGAAAGAAUCUUGAAAGAAGCCAAGGCUGCAAAUGCUGCCAGUGCCCCAAAUGUUCCACCAAAGAAGGUAACUGUUCUUAGUGAAUCUAUUCAAGAGAAAGAAGAAGAAGAACAGACAGUUCAAAGUUCAUAGAUUGUGUUUUAGGCUGAAAUCUGUAGUAUUGAAAUUAUAUUCUUAAUGAAUAUAUAUACAUAUAAAUAUAAUAUGAUAUUAAUGAUGAGUAUGAGAUGGAUUGAUAAACUGUAUAUUUUUUAUGAUGGAGACUGUGAUCGAUUUUUUUUGUAUAAUAAUUCUAAUAUGUAUAUAAGACUUAUGACUCAAUACCAGCUUGCAGCAUAAACAAAUGUCUUUGUGAUAGAGCUGUGCCUUUUUGGUAGCUGUUGUAUAUUUAUGUUUCUAUAAUAAGAAUAUCUGUCAGAAGAAGUAUUAUAAGUACAUAUCAAAGAUCUGAGAAAAGAAAAGGAAAUACCUCUUUCCAUUGUCCAUUGUUUGCUGCAGCAAAUUAAUUGGUAUAUUUGCCUAUAACCAUGCCAUUUCCAUGCUGAUAUUGUGUUCACUUCUACACUAAAUAUGAACCAUGAAUUAACAUUAUAUAGUACUGUUGUGUUUUCUUUAUUUUGUGUUAAUGGGGCAUAUUGCAAUAUUAUAUUUUAGUAAAGGUACUUGUAAAUAACUUUUCUUUUGGGAUUGUCUUCCAUAACUGUGAAGAGUAUGAAUGUUGAGGUGUACUUAAUUUAUUACAUUUUCCUGUCUUGCUGUCAAGUUGCAUCAGACUUGCAAAAAUGGUGACUUUCCAGUGAUUUGAUAUUAAUAUAUUUUAGAUUGAAAAUUAACCCAUUGAUGCCAACAACUUAUACUGUACACUGUAGUUUUGUUUUGUGAAUUUUGUUUACAAAUGGAAUAAGUUAGUAGGGCUAACUAACCUUACUGUAUUUACCCCUUCCUUGUAUUUUCAGGGAAAUUUAAUUUUCCAAAUACUAUUAAGAUUGUUAUUGUUAUUACUUAUUAUUAUUAUUAUUAUUAUUAUUAUUAUUAUUAUUAUUAUUAUAAAAAUAACAUAAAAAAGUUUUCUAAAAAUCAAGGAAAUGGGUAAACAAGUGAGAUCAAGAAAGACUAAUAACUGAUUUAUUGGUGACUAAGUAUAUAUUGAACAAUAAAAAAAACAAAAACAAAAACAAAAAAAAAACAGUAGACAUGGCACAUAUGUAUAGUACAGUAAGUCCCCAACUUAAGAACAUAAUGGGGACCGAGAGGCUGUUUGUAAGUUGAUUUGUUUGUAUGUUGAAAGUCGGGUCUCCAUUACCUUUUUUCCCAUUGUUUUAAAGUUGUUUACAUUAAGAAUACCUGUAAAUAAUCCCAAUAAGUAUGACAUACCUUAUACAGUACCAGACUCUUGAACUAUAUUCGCGCCCGGGAAAUUUGAAGUUUGCUAGCAUCUUUCAAACAAUUUUUUGGACUUUAGUACUUAAAAAAUUUUGUUUGUAUGUAUGGAAUGUUCAUAAGUAGCAUGUUCUUAAGUAGGGGACUAUCUGUAUAUACCCAAGUGUCAAUAGGUCAGUACUGCUGAUUGGAAUAUAAUGAAGUGACAUUUUUGUGGUCAUUGUACUUUAAGAAUAUUAAUAUGAAAUUUUUAUGUAGCUUUAUUAUGAAGCACAGGAAUGAUUGCUGAUUUUAGAUUCUUGAUGGAGAAACUGGAAAAAAAAUUGUUUUAAUUAAAAAAUGGUGAACAGUUCAUUUUAAUGAACUGACUUUGUUAUUAACAUUAUGCAGCAAAUUCUCUCUCUCUCUCUCUCUCUUGAGUAAUAGGAGGAUCUUUCUUUAGAACAAAAAUGAAAAAGAACAAAAUUUCAUUUUGAUUUUUCAGUGGAAUUAUUAUGAAUUAUCAAAUAUUAUCUAGGCAGUCAGUAUGUUACAGAUAAUGGGCACACACUUAAGAGAGAUGGUGAUAGUGGUCAUUCAAAAAUUAAAAUCUAUUCUACAUUUUUAUUACAGGGUUAUAUUGCUCAUUUUUAUUAUUAUUAUACAUUUUUGUUUUCUUCAAAAUUUUACAUACUUUGUGGUGCUAUUUUAUUUUAUUUUUUUACUAGAAAUCUUAGCAAACAUCAUGCUUUUGUAUGAUCUUAUGUUGUCCUUUUUAACUUAAUUCAGGUUUAAGAAAUACAGAAGCAUUAUUUAAGAGAAAGGGAAAUAUUACAAAAAAAAAGAAAAAAAAUGAUUGUGAGAAUGUUUAUUGUGUUUAUUUUAAUUUGUUUGAUUUAGGUUGUGAGUAUAAAAUUAACUAUGCAUUUGAUUUUUUAAAAUAAUAAUAAUAAUUAUUAUAAUUAUUAUAAUUAUUAUAAUUAUUAUUAUUAUUAUUAUAAUAAUAAUAAUAAUAAUAAUAAUAAUAAUAAUAAUAAUGAUAAUAAUAAUAAUAAUAAUAAUAAUAAUAAUAAUCCUCCACACGGUUCAGUGCAAGACGACCAGUGUAGACAUAUUUUGUAGUUUAAUUAAGAAUGUUAUUUAGAUUGGGAUUAGUUUACUUUAUUUAGCAACAGAUGACUUUAUUGUGGUUAGAGCUGACAGUGAAGUGGCAAUCCAUAACUUUUGUUGGUUUAGGCAGGAUGGCCUUCUUAAAGAGGGGACACAUGGCACAGCUUGCAUAUCUUCCUAUGCGUAUUGUACAAGUUUAUUAUUUUUAUGCACUCUACUUAAUAUAAUAAUUGCUUGAACAUCUAUUAUGGUUGUCAUAACAGUUAUCAGUUAUCACAGCAUAUUUGAUCUAGCUGUGGCAUUUUAAAGUGAAUCUUUUCUGGUAUCACUGAUAAUCAACUUUUUUGUCAUGACAGUUCAGUGAAUAAAUCAGGACACGAGUUCAUGUUUUUUUUUUUUAUCAUGUAUUUUGUAAAUCAUUCCAGCUACAUAACUCACAAUGGUAACAAUGCCAGAUUAUAACUAUGUGGAGAGUGUUAAGAAACCAAUUAUGGAUAGAAAGCAAAUUUCAUCCACUUCAUGACCUGUAGUUGCUCUCUUACUUGUGUAUGGGUGACUUUGCAUGCCAUGAAUGAAGCUCUGAAAUAAAUGCAAGAACACA